CACAUCAUCAUUAAGAAUAAACUAAUAUUUUUGUAUUUAAUAGGAUAAUAGAUGAAUAAGAAUUGCAUUUUAUUUUGUGUGGAAUAAGGUGGGAUAGAAAAUUUGGGAUUGCUGACUAGGAAAGGAUGGCUGUUGUGCAGCAAUGGGAUUUAUUGAUUGAUUCUUUGUUGCAAAAUUCUUCAAAUUUUUUUAUCUUUUUGCAAAUUUCACUUAAAAGACAUGCAUUUCUUCGAGUUAAUCAUGAGCGGUUGUUUACCUGAAUAAAUAAAACUUUUAAUGUUCUUUUAUUUUGAAAUCUUCCAAACAGGUCAGAUACAAAUUCUUAAUCCUGAUUUGUUCUCUUGAAAGUUUUGAAUGGCCAAGUGUUUUUUAUUUAAGAGAAGUUGGUCAGAUUUUAUUUAUUCUUUAUAAAUAUUGUAGUGUGAAGAUGUCAGACCAGCAGGAGUUGCUGGAGGUUAUCAAGAAGGAGGUGCGGUCUCUGCUGAUUUCUUCCAAAAAUAAUUUGACCCUUGCUGACCUUGAAAAAGACUACCAGACCAUGAUGGGAAAGCAUCUACCUUGGAAUGAUUUAGGUUACAAAUCUGCUCUGGAGUUUGUCUUAAGCAUGCCAGAUACUAUCAAAAUUCACACAGGUGCCAACAACAUCAUCCUCCUGAAAGGCAUCAGUAAUGAAGCAACAAAAGGAAUUGAAGAAUUGGUGUCAAAGGCAAAGGUUUCCAACAAGACUAAAACUAAUUUCAGGAUAAUUAGACCUAAACAUGAACCGAAGCAGAAUUUCCUGCCUAGGAGGUACAAUACCACCCCAGUUUUACCUGCAUUGGUGAAAUGUGAACUUCGAGAACUAGUGGCAUCCUUUCCCCAAGGUGUUCUGCUGUCUGAUUUUGACAGGUUUUUUUUGAAAAAAUAUGGAAAGCCGUUUCAGUACACACAGUAUGGCUUUUUCUCCUUGCAUGAAGUUCUCAAAACAAUUUCAGAAGAUGUUAAGGUACAACAGACACGCCAGGGUUCGCUGCUCUUACUGAGAGACAAAAAUAAAGGAAGUCCAUUGAAACAAGGUAAACAAUCUAACCAGUCCGUUCAGACCAGUGUAUCCCAAGCAAAGGCAAUAACUGUGCAACCAGACCCCAGCAAAACUCCCACAAGUAAACCAGCUUUGCCACUUUCAAAAUUGGAAAAUACACCAGGUACUGCUCCAGACCCAGAAUAUUUUGAGAGAGAUAUGAAAAAGGUUGAAGAAGACUUGAGGACUGUAAUUAUAGACAAAGGGGUUGGAGGGACCAUGGAUUCAAAAAUAAAGGAGAAAAUUCUUUUUACUGUAGCACAAAGACCGAAUGGAUUACUGGCAUCCAGACUUCCCAUGGAAUAUAAGAAUAUUUUUGGAGUGGACCUUCCCUUAAAGGAAUUGGGUUUCUACAGUGUGACUGAACUUGUUGCCGCCUUAAAUGACAUCUUCUAUGUGGAACGUGACUCCAUAAAUCAAGACUGGCUAGUCUUUGACAUCAGGCACUCCAGUGCUCUUCAACACCUAGAGAAAUCACAGUUCAAAAAAACCAGUGCAUUGAUGCAUGGAGGUUGGAAGAAGCAUUUUGAAGAAAAUAUGGAGCCUCAAAAGAACAGUGAUAUAAAUACAAUUAGCUUACAAAUGCUCACAGAGUCUUAUUGUUCAUCAGAAUCUGAAAUUCCACCUGAUGCUGUACAAGAUGGAAUUCUCUACAAGCUACCAGAGUUGAAAGAAAACACCUUUGCAUGUGUAUUUGUAGAAUGUGUAACUUCACCCAGUCAAUUUUUUAUCCGUUUCUAUGGAGAAUUGACCUCUGUGAUGCUUGAAGAUCUGAUGAUUGAGAUGAGACGAUGCUAUUCCUACGAGGAGGUCUCUGAACGCUAUGUGAUGCCAGAUUCAUUUAUUCAGCCAGGACAACUCUGUUGUGUGCGGAAUGGUGAUGAUCUAUGGUGGUACCGUGUUAUUAUCCAUAAGGUGCUGGAUGAAAAACAGGUGGAAGUGUACUAUGUAGACUUCGGUGAUAUUUCUCUUGUGGAAAGAUCCAGACUGAGAUUCCUCAAACACUGUUAUUCAAAGCUUCCAGCCCAAGGAAUUCCAUCAACCCUAAUAUGGCUGCAACCAGUUGAGGGUGAUUGGAGCACAGCUGCUAAAAAUCAGUUCCUGAAAUUUUGUGGAAAACAACCAUUAGUGGCCUUGAUAUAUGGUUACAUUAAUGACGUACUGCACCUAUUCCUUUGUGAUACCUCCACAGAUGAAGAUGUUUAUAUUAAUGAUGUUCUUAAGAAAACUGGUCAUGCUGAACCCUGCCUUACAAACAACAUGAAUGAGGGAUUUGGGCGAUUUAAUCCAGUUACAAAGUAUUUGAAAAAUAUGCCAUCAAAAAUGGAGCCUACGACAAUUUCAUUUGAAAGCAAGUCUGGAUCCUCCCCAGCAGAAGAAUAUCCCAAAAAGUUAGAUAUCUCAAUAAAUAGGAAGAAUAUGCAGCAAGACCUGUGUUCUGAGUCAUUGAACAGUGUGGAUUGUCUCCAAAAUUCAGAGGCAGGGGUAAGGUCACAAGAUGAUGUCUACUUCUCAAUAAUUGACUCCAGGCCGGAGCAAUCCAGUGCUGAUGUUCCAAAUGCCCAGCCUGAUGAAACUUCCAAGUUAGGAGAGGCUCAGCUCUGUGCAAAUACAAGUAACAAGAAAGCUUUCGGUUACAUUUGUGAAUAUCCGCAAAAAGAAUCUGUAAAGACUACCACAGGCUCUUGUUUGUUGUUCAAUGAUGUCCCAAGGAAGUCUGCUCUGAUCUCGCCUGCGUUUUCGGGGCAGAGAGAGUUUCACUUGGCUCUCAGCUCUUCAUCUGCUGCUUUGGGUCCUUCUGCACGCAUGGCAGGAGCUCUUCAUCAUUUAACAUGGCUGCCAGCAAAGCACAAAAGCUUACAGUCCCCAGAUCCAGAGAAGUAAAUGUUUAAAACAACUUACUGCAUAGAUUGUGGAGAAGAGAGAAAUGCUGUCUGUGCAGACCAUCAGUGAGCUACAAAAUGUCUUGAAAUUAAUUUUUCUCCUCAAAGGCCAUCUACAAUGCUCAGAUUGAACAUAAAUGGCAGCAAGUUACAAUCAGUCCACAAAAGACAAAUUUCAUCUCACCAAAAAUUUGAGAUAGGAAGCCACUGGUGGUCUUGAAUCAGAGGUUUCUACCACUUAUUUUUAUAUUUCUUUGAAGUGCAGUGGCAGUGUGUAUAUUGUUGUAUUUUGCUGGAGAGUUGCCCUUUUUUUUUGUUCAAAUUUUUGGAAUGGAACCUGAAACCUGAAGCAUUGGAACUAACUCUAAUCCACAGAUGGUGCCUCAUGAUCAUUCCCAAAACAUUUUUCUUCAAACCCUAAAUGCCUUAGUUCCACAUUUUUGAAGUGUAAUCAGGGUGUGUGGGUUUCCUCUCUUAUCUU